AAAUAAAAUGAAAAAAAAAAGUGGUAGAGCUUCUAAAAGUAGUAGAUGUUUGGAGAAAUGACAAGCUUUAACUAAUUGUUAGGGUAUUUUUCCUAUUGCUAGGGUGAGGAUAUCUGAAAUAAGUACCUUCUAGUUUAAAGGCCAGCAUUAGGUAAAAUUGGAACUGAGUCAGCUAUGAGAAAUGUAUAUAGCCUGGUCACUUCUAAAGGGAGAGUCAUGUUAGCAUUCUGAAGUUUCAAGGUUAUUAGAAUAAGGGAAGGAUAUUGGUGAAAUUUUCAUCUGGCCAGGGAGGAAGGCUGACCAUUAGCAUAAUAGAGCUCAAAGAACAAAUUUCCAGCCCUGCUUUUGACUGUUCCAUUUUAAGAACAGUAAACAUUUGAGGAUUAAAAAAUAGCUGGAGAAUUUAAAUUAGCUAAUGAGAAUUUCAAAGAACAGAGCAGCAGAAGCCCAUAUUAUAAGCAAGCAAGUGGUAAGACAGAAACAGUUUGAUAUAUGACACUUUGACUAUUUCAUUCAUCAACCCAUCUUCUCCCUUCUUUCUGUCUCUGCCUUUUUUUCCAUCUGUUUUGUUUAUAUAUGUUCCUACUAUACCUAAUCUCUGUCUGUCUUCAUCAUUCUCACUGCUUUCUUCAUGUCCCUCAUCCAGCCCAGAUCUUAUUAGCACAGGAAUGGCUACCAUAACGAUAUGGAACUAAAAAUCUUGCUUUCAGCUUUUAUCCUGAGAGUGGGGCUCACUGAACCUCUCUCCUUUCUAAAAUCUGUCUGUGGAAAUUACUUUCGGUAAACUAAUGCACUACAGUGAUUUCAGGUAAGAGAGUAAAAAUUUGCUUUUGUUUAAUCUUUUGGGACCUUUCAGGUUUUUGUUGGGCAGAAAAAGAAUUAGGAGCAAGCAGAAAGGUUGGUUAAGGGAUUAAGAGGUUGGGCAUACUAAAUUUGAAGUGCCUGCUGCACUUUGAUGUAGAAACAAUAGGCAGGCAGAUAGCAGUUUCUUAAGAAAGGGUCCAAGCCUAGAGAAGCAAUGUGAUGUAGUGUAAAGAAUUCUGGGCUCUAAAUUAAGAAGUAUGAGCGCCGAGAGGUUAUCUCUAUUACUAACUGGCUCUUUGACUUUGACCAAGUCAUUUGACCUCUCUGGACCUUAUCUUCAAAUUGGGAAAGUUCAGUAGAUAAUCUCAGUAAAUUCCUGUCCAGUUCUGUGAUUCUAAGUGUGUCCACAUUGACCUGCUUAACUUGGACUCUCUAUUUUUUCAGCAUUUAGUAUGAGAACCUACGUUUGUCAUAUUUGUAAUAUCACCUUUACAUCUUUAGAAAUGUUCCGGUCACAUAAGCAAGGAAGCGAACACCAAAUUAAAGAAUCCAUUGUUACCAAUCUAGUGAAGAAUUCAAAGACACAAGACUCUUCCCAAGAUGAAUGUGCAGAUUACAUCCAAGUGCAGAAAUCCAGAGGACUGGAAUUCAAGACUUGUUUCAGAAAGAUGGAAGGGGGUUCUUUGGAAACCCGUGGGUACAGGGAAGUAGUUGAUUCCAGAUCCAGACAUAGAAUGUUUGAACAAAGACUCCCAUGUGAGUCUUUCCGCACAUACCCAGGAUCAUACAAUAUUUCACAAACAGGAGAAAACAAGUUACCUCAUUGUUCACCAGCUCAUUCAAAGAAGACCUAUGACUCUUUCCAAGAUGAACUGGAAGAUUACAUCAGAGUGCAGAAAGCCAGAGGACUAGAUCCAAAGAUUUGUUUCAGAAAGAAAAGAGAGAACUCUGUGGAAACCCGUAGGUACAGAGAAGUUGAUUCUGGACCCAGACAGAGAAUGUUUGAGCCAAGAUUUUCACUUGAGACUUCCCAGACCUACCAACAACCAUAUAAUAUUUCACCAGUAGAAAGCCAAUUACAUCACCGGUUACCAGCUCAUUCAAAGAGGACUUAUGAUUCUUUCCAAGAUGAACUUGAAGAUUACAUCAAAGUGCAGAAAGCCAGAGGAUUAGAGCCAAAGACUUGUUUUAGAAAGAUUAGUGAUAGCUCUACAGAAACCCAUAAGUACAAAGAAAUGGUUGAUUCCAGACCCAAACAUAGAAUGUUUGAGCAAAAACUCCCAUUUGAGGCUUCCCAGACCUAUACAGGAUCAUACAGUAUUUCACAAGCAGUAGAAAACCAGUUACCUCAUUGCUUACCAACUAAUGACAGCAAACAGAGACUAGACUCCAUGACCUCUUGUCAGCCCAUCAGAGACUAUUUCUCAGAAAAACCAGUACCCCUGAGCCUUAGUCAGCAAGAAAAUAACUCUGGCCCAUACAGUGUAGAAUCUGAAGUUUACAAGCACCUCUCUUCAGAAAACAGUACCAGUGACCAUCAAGCAGGUCAUAAACGGAGACAUCAGAAGAGAAGAAGGCACCUGGAGGAAGGCGAAGAAAGGCCAGAGAAAGAGCAGUCCAAGCAUAAAAGGAAAAAGAGUUGUGGGGAUACUUAUCUAGACAAGGACAAGAGCAUCCGACAAAGGAAAAGAGAGGGAGAUAAAGUCAGUGUCAGUUCAGGAAAGCUUAAACAUCGAAAAAAGAAAAAAAGCCAUGGUGUACCUACUGAGAAAGAGGAACGUAAGCACAAGAAAGAGAAAAAGAAAUCUGUUGAAGAAAAGACAGAAGAGGAAAUGCUUUGGGAUGAAUCUAUUCUUGGAUUUUGAGCUUUUAGUUUUGUUUACCCAAAGAUGAAUUGAAGAAAUAUUUAAGAAUAUGGAUUUAGACAAACAGGAACAUCUAGUAAAGAGAAGGAGCAGUGGAUACAGUCAGUGUCAGUUUAGGAAAGCUUAGUUUUUGUGUGUGUAAAUUGGAAUUGAAUUGAAAGAAGAAACAAGCUUAAACCUACCCUCUGAGAAAGAACAUAAGAAAAACAUAAAAACACAACAAGAACAAGAGAAAAGGAAACCUGUUGAAGAAAAGACCAGAGUCAAUGUUUUUGGAGGAGUCUGUUUUAGGAAUUUGAACAUUUCAUUUUAUUUGCCUAAGGAUGAAUUGAAGGAAUCAGUUUAGAAAAUGGAUUUAGACAAAAAAA